AUGUUUCUGGAUAAUUGUGCUGCCUACGACCUCAUUCCCCCAGACCUAAGAGCACGGAUCCAGGACACAGUAUUUUCGGUGUCGGUACGAGACAUCCCAGACUUUAAGAAUGGCACAGAAAAAGAUUUUGCCCUUUUUCCAGACGCAGCUCGACAUCCCAUAUUCUACAAUCACCCAGGCUCCGGGCGUCGUUGUUUGUAUAUGACCAACACAAUGGUGACGCUGCGACCCAAGAGUGUAAACGAGAUGACAGAUCUUCAGAAGGCAUGGGAUAUCAUGAUCACUCAGACACCCAAGUAUCAGCACUACUGGACAACAGGAGAUGUCGUCAUUUGGGAUAAUUUGGCAGUUAUGCACAAAGCUGGAGAGAAACGGACUGGGCAUUCUCCAAAAGAUCCACGAAUGCUUUUCAGAACGCAAUAUCGUAUAGGUAAAACUGCUGGUAAAAGAUAA